CGCAGCUGGCUCAACUUCAUUUCCUCUUUUGACAACCUGACAUGAAGGUUGCGUUGCUUUCGACGAUUGCCGCCGUGGCUGCGGCCCAGUCGACGUGUCCAGGCUUGGAAUACAAUGUCGACUACGAAGGCAGCGACAUCACGUACACGGACCGCGCGACGGCCGCGGAAUGCACGGCCGAUUGCGCGAGUACGCCAGGAUGCAAGCUGUUUGUGUGGUACCAAAAUCAAUGCUGGCUCAAGUCGUUCCAAGGCGAGAAGAAGUCGCUCCCGGACCGUAUAUCGUGCGUCCUAUCUGCUCCAGUCACGCCAACCACCCCCAUGUGUGCUGGUUUGGAGUACAACGUCGAUUACGAAGGCAAUAACAUUGGGUCUACUCCGCGCAAUUCUGCCAACGAGUGCAUUGCCGAUUGCGUCAACACCCCUGGAUGCAAUACGUUCGUGUGGUUCUGGAACACGUGCUGGUUGAAGUCGAAGGCUGCCAACAAGCAAUACCUCCAAGACCGCAUUGCGUGUGCAUUGACGACGCCUGGUCCCCAGCCCACUUUGGUGUGUCCUGGGGUUUACUACAAUGUGGACUAUGAGGGCCACGAUAUUGCGUUUACGACCCGACAGUCUGCGGACGAAUGCACGGCGGACUGCCAGAGCACACCUGGAUGCAAACUGUUUGUGUGGUUUGAAGGGCAGUGCUGGUUGAAGAGCUCGAAGGGUGCCACUCGCUACCUCCCUGGCCGCAACUCGUGCGUGUUGGAGCGAUCGACUCCUUCGACUGCGACGUGCCCUGGCUUGGAAUAUAACGUGGAUUACGCUGGAUACGACAUUUCGUACACGGACCGCAACUCGGCGGCCGAGUGCACGGCCGACUGUCAAAAGACCCUCGGGUGCAAGGCGUUUGUGUGGUACCAGAACCAGUGCUGGCUCAAGAACCAGCUCGGCGAACGAAAAGAGCUGAGCGACCGCAUCGCGUGUGUGCUGAACGACUCGAACGCUGUCACCACCACAACUUCUGCACCUGUCAUGACAACCUCGACUGCUGCACCCAUCACACCUGUCACGACAACCAACUUGCCGGAUUUCCAAAGCGACGAUGACGCCACCACGCAACAGCCCGCCGCCAUCGCCACCACCACGACGCCGGCAGCACCUGCUACUACCACCACCACAUCUGCUCCCCGCCCGACCGAAUCCGUCAAGCCCCUCGAAACGGGUCCUCGAGGCACGGCCGCACCUGCUGGUACCCUCGAACCCUGGGAUAGCCAAGGCACUCCGGAACCUACCACCGAUGGCCCAGACUACGAUGACUACACGGACCCUCCGGCCACCACUGCUGCACCCACCACCACCACGUUGAAGCCUUUGGAAACCGGUCCCCGUGGUACGGCUGCUCCUGCCGGCACCCUCGAACCUUGGGACAGCCAGGGCACCCCAGAACCUACCACCGACCUGCCCGACCCCGACGACUACUUGGACGACGCCGUCUCGAACCGUGCGAUUGUAUCCAACGCCCAAGUUGGCGAUGCAGCCCAUGCGAACACCCACGCCAUGCUGGCUUUGGGUCUCGUUGGCAUCGUUCUCGUGGCGCUGGUCGUUGUGAUGAAGCGCCCCGCUGCGCCCACACCCACACUGGAACGCAAGCGCUUGUUACAAGUGUAAACGAGCGCUUUGGUCAUCGACCCUCUCGAAGAAGCGUAUCGCCGAGGUCGGGUAGGCAAUUGCGCACCACAUGCACAACGUAGAGUGCAGACACGAAUAAAUUUUGGUUAUCUUGUGA